AUGGAAUUCAAGGUGAGGUACUUGUGCUUUCUAAGCAGCCACCUGCCCCAACAUUGACCUGACUUAAAUCUUUAACAACAUAUGUAUCAUCGGCCUCCUGGAUUCUAUUUGGGGGGGUGUGUGAAAACAUUCUAGAAACAAGGUGUUCUUUUUCAUAAAACAUACCCGAAAAUUAUAUAGUCUGCAGUAAAUCUUAGCAAGAAAGAGACCAACCUAGCCCCAUCCAUUGGCCAGAGAAUGAAUAGGUGCUUGCUUUCUUCUUCCUUCUCCAUUCCUUUUUUCAUUUCAUAUCAUGUCUAUUAGAUUGUGAGCCUGUGGGCAGGGACUGUCUUACUUUUUAGUAUCUGUUGGCACUUAAAUUAUUUUUACUUAAAAUGUUCAAACUCCAUUUCUAAAUGUGCAAAUUCAUCAAGGGCAGUUCUUUAUCCUCUGAGAAGCAGUCUUGGAGAGAUGAUGAAUCCCUAGCUCAGAAAGGUAAUCAUAGGCAAUGUUUUCAUCCUGCUCCCAGUGCUGUUUAUCCAUGUAGAUGGAAAGGUGAUGGAAGAAGCCCUAAAUGGGAGAAAAAGCAGUCUUGGGACAAAAUGAGGGUGCAAAGGGCAGGCCUGCAGGCAGCAUUAAAGCCCUCUCUGCACAUGUUUUGAGUGAUACACCCAGUGCUUUCUUUCAAGAAAAAUAGUUGCCAGAACCCAUCAUGAAGUUGUUACGGUAAGUUGCCGGGCAACUCGGGGCAGCCCUGAACAGAUGCUGGUUUGACAACAGCUGUGUUCACCGCUGGUGGAGGUUCUAAAAACUAUGACAAGCUGUCUCUGUAUCUGGUUUGGCAGUCGUCUUUGGUUCUGGUGCAGGUCAGAUAAAUGCAUCCCCACCUCCCUCGUUCUUUUAGAUUCAGGCGGAUGGCUAAGGCAGCCUGGAAUGGCCCUCGUGCAAAUGUGUGCAAGUGUAGUGGUAGAAGCCCAGCUGGAAAGCUUAAAGCCUGCUACCACUACACAGGAAACAAAUUGAAGAAAAGGAAAUAUGAAUUGGCCCUGCACCAUAGCUUAACCAAUUGCAGCUAGGAGCUAGGUGGAGUCAUAGAUCUAAAAAAAGAAGUAUAAACUUUCACACACUGGCCAGCUUCCAUUUUGACUUGAAAUAUUCAUUUUGGGCUUCUCAGAAGUACAUAAAGGCAAGAAGCGGAUGGGGUGGAGCACCAGCCUGCAAUGUUGCGCACCUGAGAGGUGCCAGAACUGCACUCUGGUGCACUCUGACUGAUAAAAAAGAGCACUGGAUACACCAGUUGUGUUGCCGGUGCUAUGAAUUCAUAAGUUGGAGAGCCAACACUUUGAUUUUUAAGCUAGACAACCUAGACCCUUAUAUGACUAGAGAUGAGCACUUGUUUCACUGGAUGAGGGCAAUCAUCUGCAGCAAGUAACUUUUGCAACUACCACUAAGAGGUUUUAUCCAUUUUCCAGGCUGCUUACCUUAAAAGACCUUUCUCCUUUUGCUGUACCCCUGUCUACCUGUCCUAUAAUAAUAUAGGCAACUGGCGCUUCAGGGUCCCUGAUAUAGGAAUCCCUUGAAAAUGCUAGAUGCCUUAGACCAGUGUUACAUCAGCACAUCUGAUGUCCACAGCACAUGCUCCAGGCAAUCCGAUAUUUCUACUGGUUUGUGCAAAUGAGAGGCGCCAUAGUGGGCUGUGCAGUCUGCCCACCUGCUUUGAGCACAGAAACCAGGCAGACUGGCACUUUUCUUUUCCAGUGAAUGUUCUUGUGUAAAGUAGAGCACACACCAAAAGCAUGAAAAAGUCAGUGUAAGAGACAUAGGGGGUCUGAGGCAUGUGCUGACGCCUUUCCUUUCCCCAAAGGUAACUCUUAAUGGGAACACAUUGUGGUGAGAUUUGCUACCAGGUAAAAAAGACACUUUUCAUGCUAGGAGCAAAGAAGUAUAUUGCAAACUCCAUAUGCAUAGCAAUAAUAAUAAUAUAAUAUAUAUUUAUUUUUUUAAUAUUCAUUGAGGAGAUGUUAACUGCCAUUAUAUACUGCGUGUAUCUUUUCUUUUCUUUUUUGCCAAAAUUGGCAGGAUUUCUAAAAUGGGUGACCUUUAGUCAGAAUAACUAACAGUGUUGAUGAACUUCAAAUGAUGAUUAAAAGAAGAUGGUUGUGUCCUCAGUGCUUUACAUCCUCCAAGGAAAUCAUAUGAGGAUGGAAGCAUUCUAAAGGUCAUGGGAUCUCCCCCCACACACACACACUUUGAGGUAAAAAAGAAAUGUUGAGGGAGAACAAAUUUAAUUGUGAAGUGAAAUACUUCUUGUGUAGUCAUUAGCAGGUUAGAUUUCUUCCUUGCAGCAGCUUUUUCAACCUAGUAGUUGGUUCUACAUUCUGCUGCUGUGCUCUUUUGGUUUUGGUUUACAAUCAUAAAACGGGAUUACUACAUUUAUUUAUUUAUUUUGCCUGUGGUUAAACAUUAAUGUAACAAUGCUACAUUACAUUGUCCACUAAGAGUGUAUUUCUUAGCUUGCUUCUUUUUUGUUAUUAUUUGAAGACAAUUUUAUACAGUCUCAACAUCAGAAGGUUUUACAAUGAUAAUAACCCAAAUACAGUCAAAAGCAUAUAUGUUUUCAGUAGUACCAAAUUCUUCACUCCCCACAUACCCAUCACUCCCCUUCACCCAUGUGUGAUCUUCUUUACACAACAUUAUUCCUCAUUGUGUUAACCAAAAUUUAUGUUUAUUAUUCCAUAUAUAUUAUAGUAACGUCUUGUCUCCUUGCAUGGUUUGCCUAUUGGAUAUUAAAUUUAGGCUCUAAAACCUAAUCUUUCUAUAUAUUCCUUUACACACUCCCACUCUUUAAGUUUUUGAUUUGAGCAGCCCCUAAUUGUUGCUAUUCAUUUUGCCAUCUUGGCAAAUUCACAGAUUUUAGCUCUCCAUUCUGAUAUUUGUGGUGUUUUUCCUCUUUUCCAAUUUUUUGCCACUAAUAAUCUGGCUGCUGCUGUUGCUGCUGCAGCUUGCUUCUUAUAUACCCAAGUAUGUACGUAUAUCUGUUAUCUUCGAUUGUAUCUAACACUGUGUGUACAUUUCCUAUAUUCUCCCUACAGCCCCUGGAGGGGACCCUCUAGAGCAGAUUUUGGGGCAUGGGUGCUGCAAGGAGGUAGAGAGGAAGAUAUCCUGUUGCCUGAGCUGAUGUCAACUCAUGCAAUGCUCAUUUCCACCCUUUAACUGUAAAUCACUAAUACAAGGCAGGGUGGAUAAUCCAUUUCUCUUACAUUCUUUUCCCUAGAUGUAUUUUUUAAAGGAUGCAACAAACAUGUACUUUUUAUUUUCUCUGCUUCUUUCUAUUUCCAGGAGAAUAAUAUUUGGGAGUCGCUCUAUAUAUUAUAGAAAAGCCGUAACAGGAUUUUGUUUGCUAUCUAACAUUUGUCUUCCGUCUUGCUUUGGCGUCACAGAAGAGUUAUGGUUAAAGAUUAUAUAAACGUUGAUAAAAGAUUAGAUAAAUCACAACAUUCUGCUUCUGAUAUCCUUUCUUUAAUGCUAAAGCUGGGUGACAUUUGUUUUGUCUUAGGUCAAUGGGAAGGAUCUUUCCAAAGCCACCCAUGAAGAGGCCGUGGAGGCUUUUCGGAAUGCAAAAGAGCCCAUUGUAGUCCAAGUCCUUCGGAGAGCACCUCUCAUCAAAACACCUGGGAGCUCACAGGAUGUUCGGCUCAUGGAUGCUUGCACACAGACAGAUAUUACGUUCGAGCACAUCAUGGCUCUGGCCAAGCUAAGACCAACCACACCUCCGGUACCGGAUAUCUGCCCCUUCCUGCUUUCUGACAGGUAUGAUGUAGGAUUUGUUUCUGCGGCCCCGGGAACCAAUGCAACAAAUGAUCACUACCAAAACAAGACUGGAUCUCCUAGGCAGAAGCUGGCUGUUCUGAAGUUCAUUGAUUUCAGUAAACUAGGAGAUUCAUGGACAGGGGGCUGCAGCCCCCAUUUUCAACUGCAAUGUUUUAUUUUGACAUUUUGUAAUGCUUUGUGUGAUGCUUUAAUUCAGGUUGUAAACCACUUUAUUUAUUUAUUUAUUUAUUUAUUUAUUUAUUAAAAAAUAAAGCAGUAUUGGAAUUAUUCAAAUAAAUAAAAUCUUAAGAAAAGUGCCCUGUAAUGACUUGGAAACCCAUAAUCCAUUGUGGAUCAGACAAAUUUAUGGAGGAUAGGUUUUUCAGGUGUAGUGUGGGGCUGAAUACAGUUGCAUUAGGACACAGAAGAGGCUAUUGUCUCAUGCAUCAAAGCAUCUUCUUAGCCAGCGUGGAGAACAGGUUGCUAGAACUGGUGAGCCUUUGAACUGAUCUAGUAGGGCUCUUCUUAUGCAGAUCUGUGUGUUUCUAGGUUCUGCAUGAGUUUGGAACUCUUCUACUGAGAAAAAAAUAAAACGUCCACUACAAUGCUGGCUUUAGUCCUGUUCAAGUGUUUGGCCAAAGCUUGAGCAGCCAAAUGUGUGUAGAGUUUAUUGCAAAGCUUUGAAAUGGACUAGAGGUGGUUGGAAGUCUGCUUGAUCAAGAACCCUAUGUCAUCAAUGUGCAAAGGUCUGAGAGGGAGCCUCAUGCCUGGGGACACCAGGGUGAAUCUUACCUGUGCACCCAUGUGCUUUUACUGCGUUUAACCCCUUGUGUGUUCAGGCAAAUCUCGGACAAGGCUGUUGGCUUUCUCCAUUCUCAGGUACCACACUGUAUCAGUGACUUCUGGGAUUUCUGUUCUGUUUUGUUGCAUCUUUGUUUUCAAGACAGAAAUGGUUAUCUCAAGCCAGAGCUGCCUCCUUGAAUGCCCAGAAUUUUAUUGGGUGUCUCCAAUAAUUCCGUUUUGAAUGCAUUCAAUCAAAGAUUUGCCCAAACUGUUUGAAUAUCUCUGUAUUUGAAGCAACACUACAGUUUGCUGUAUUAUUUCUGUCCAGCCUAUUUUAAGAGGUUUGGACAGCCUGAAGAUCUUCAUGGGUCUAUUUCAAAUCUCAGGCUCUUCUAAAUAAUAUGCUGUACAAUAUUUUUUUUUAAGCUACAGAGCUGGGGGUUUUUGAGGACUUCAAAAAUUUAAAAAAUCUGGUUUUAAGUGCCUAACCUGCUCUUUUUGUUCUAUGUUGUUCCACACAGCUGCCAUUCUCUUCAUCCAGUUGAACAUGAAUUUUACGAAGGUAAUGAAUACCUUUCCAGUCUGCCUGCAGAUGUAGAUAGAACCGAGGACUUUGAGUACGAGGUAAGACCAUUGGUACAGCUCCCCACCCCCAUCCCCUUUACAGUAUAGUUUUUGCACACCUGCAGUCGAAUGCCUUCGAAAGACAUAAUUUAAAAUGAAAUAGCAAAGCUCACUCUGGCCUCCGUCACACCCGUACAAUGUCUCAGUCAGAUAUGCCCCUGGGUCUGAAACAGUAUGAAUGAAAGCAGAACAUUGAUGGGCAUCAGAUUGUGGGUUCACAAGGCUGAUUAAAUGCGCCACAUGGUUCUCAUGUCAAAUUGUUAAGCUGUGCUAGUUUUAUGCUGCGUCCUUUCCUAUGAGUGCAUUAGAAAGGUCUAAUUGCUCAUUUUCAAAGGGAGGAAAGGGAGAAACGUUCUGCUGUUUCCCUAGCUUGAUCUUGUAGGAUCGUGGAACCUGGACUUUGCAGAUCAAGGCCCGUGCUGUAAAAUGAGAGAUUCUUUGUCUAUUUCUUUUACAUUACGAUUCCCGAAUGGAGUACAAUGAGAACAAAUUGUAUGUGGUGCCAUGAGUAUCUUAUCUAUUGUGUAUUUAUUCUAUCUGUUGAGAGGCUAUUGAAAAACUGUGAUGUAUCAUUUCCCCAAAUAAUAGCACACUUUUAGAAAUGUUGGUCCUUUGUUAGAUUUUCAUUUCAAAAUCUAAAGGUUCUCUUUAUUUGACAGCCAUUAGAUGUUUACCUUUAUUUUAGCAUAGUGGCAAAAGACCAAGUGUACCCUUUUAGGAAUAUAUUAUGUUCAGGCUUUGUAUGGGUUUUAAGUUGCAAACAGAAUUUUUUUUUUUUCAUUAGAUAGCUUCCAUUCAAUAGCACUUGGGAUUAAAAAACGGCCACAAAAAACCCUGUUUGUCUUUAUUAUAUUUGGUCUGCCUUCAGGACAUGUAAUGAAACCUUGCUUGAUAUUUGGAAACUAAACAGAGUAGUUGAAGCUUUGACAAAAAGGCAAAUGGGGAUCUUUAAUGGCACUCUCCCCGCCCCCCCCCCCGCCCCCCGUUAUUGAGACAAGGCUAGGGAAGUCUGCAAUUCUUCCCACAGGACAAAGGAAAAUGAAAUAAUGUUGGCUCACCAAGCUUACCUAGGAUAAAAUUUAUUUGCACUGUUCUAAUAAAUCAUUGAGAGAUUGGUAAGAAAAUUCAUCCCCCCCCCCAAAAAAAAGAAAACUAGUCUUGCGAAGAUCAAGAAAAAGCUACUAAAUUCCUGGUUAAUAUACUAGCUUGUUUACUGAGUAAGUGGUUGUGUGAAAGCUUAUGUGUAAUACAAUUAUUUGUGUGAUGGGAAUGUUACAAAUACUAAAAUGCAGUCUGAUUGUAUGUGUAUAUAUAAAGAGAUUAGCACUGUAGAAUCAUGUCCUCUUCAUGACUAUUAUUAAUCGAUAAUAAUAGCCAGUAUAAGUAUUAUGACAGUGGUAAAUGAGCAGGUAGGUGUUCAGUAGUCGGUAAUAUCUACUAAUCACACCCUCCUAGUCAUUAAUUUGCUGUCAGCUAUGAUUCAGUAGCCCAAGGCAAACCCACUGAUUGACUAAAAUAGAGCAUGUUUCACAUGAAAUUUAAAUAGGAAAGGAGCUGUCUAGUUUGCAAUGAGAAGAAAGAUAUGUUCCCGAAGAAGUGGACAGUCUCCAUUCUGUCAGAUCCAGAUAGGAAAGGCAAUUCCUGUGGCAUAGGAUGGAACAAAGCCACUGUACUUGACUUCGUGUUAAAAAUAAUCUUGGUUAUGAUAAUGAGGCAACAUUUUAUUCACACAGCUUUGCACACAUACCGCACUAUGAGUCACCACUGUGUUAUCCACUAUCAGCCUGAUCUAAAGUCUGUUGGGAUCAGUGGUAAAACUGGAUCAAACUCACGUCUACAUGCAAGAUGGAAAUACGAGAAAAAGUCUGAGUCAUAUGGCAUAGUGGAGUGCCCUGCACCUAAAUUCUCGCCUGUGGACUUCCAGUGAUCAGAGCUAUAUCAGCAGCGAUGCAAAACAGUCAGAGGUUGGGGGCAUACUGAAAUUAGAUGCUACGUGGCUCAUAGGCAGUGAAUGUUCUGAAGACUAUAUACUUUCGUCGGGGCACAGGGCAUACCUCAUGCAGACAUGCCCUCCCUGUGGUCUCAGGUUUCACUUUCUGAUUAGAGAUUUAGUGCAGGUUAGAACAGAAUAACAGGGUGCGAGGGAGGCUUCCAGAACAACCCAAAACUACUCGCAAAUCUAUCACACGAAACAGGCAAAUUGUCUCAUUCAAAUAAGGUAUUCGUGACGGCGGAGUUAACUGCAAAAUUAGAUAUUUUCAGAUUUAUUCAACCCCUCCCGAAUUCCCCUUCAUUUUUUUGUUGGUGGUCUAGCAAGAAUAUGUUCUAUGUAAGUAUUUAGGGCCUUUCAAAAAGCCAAUGAUGGACCCAAUAGACUGUAACAGAUCUGUCUAUCUUGUGAAUGCAUAUUUAGAGUCUUUUCAACACAUGGCUUAUUUGCCCACUAGACCAAAACAGAUUUGUCUAUCUUGUAAAGCCAUAUUUAGGGACUUUUUAAACACAAGGAUUACUAAACUGAUAGCCUGUAACAGCUCCCUUCAGAGCUCUGAUAGCCUCUAGCCAACCCUUUGCAAAUAUUACUAUUAGUUUUGUAAGUAUGGCUAUGUUUCGUGCAUGCUUAAAAGCUAUGCAUUUCUACACCACACACACUAAUUUUUUGCUGAAAGAACUUACUGUAGCGGUACUAAAGUCCAUUUUUUUAUUUAUUAGUGGGCCACAUUUGAAUCUUGGUUCUUAAAUCUGAAACUAAGUUUCAAUGAACUAUUGGAACUCCCCACCCCCCAUUAAACUUUCUUGCUCCAAAGAUGAACUUCUUUCAAUCAAUUUAACCUCAUGUGUUUGACCUUUUGCACCUAACAUGACCUACCCCUGAAUACUGGUCAGAAUUUAACUUUGGAAUUUUUUACCAUUGACAAUUGUGUCUCUGGAUUUUUUGUGCAUCAGGGUGUCACGCAUAAGGCUCAGAGACCAUGUCACACACUUUGGGGUUAUGUUUGCCACGCUUUACACAACUCAGUUAUUUUAAGGACAAGGUAGCUAAUAACCAUUGUAGGAACAGACUCUUGACAAUGCCAGUUGCUGUGUGCCAUGGUGUCCAUUCCUCAUCUGUUAUUUUAAAAUGUGCAGUGCUGGGUUGUAACUACUGUGUAGCAUAAUAUAGCAUGGGGCCACUGGCAGAGGAAGAGGAGUGCAGGGGGAGCGCACCGCCCCCGGCAGCACAAUCCCGGUAGGGUGCCAUCAUGGUUGCCCCCUGCCUGCGCUGGGUGCCACGCCCCCAGGACAGGCGCCACGCCCCUGCAGGCAGUGUGCCCUCCCCUCAGGAUGCAUGCCACACCCCUGCAGACAGUGCGCCACGUCCCAGGACACACACCAGCCCCGCCCCGCCUGCUCUCCACCACCCGGUGCCAGAUCAUGAAGCUCUGCCACUGCAUGGGGCUCUGCAGAAAGUUCAGAACCUGUCAGAAAGUUCUUCCUGAUAUUUAGAUGGACUCUCCUUUCCUAUAACUUGAAUCCGUUGAUUGCCUGUGUGCCUGCACCCUGGAAAAGAACAUCUGUUGCUCACCCUUAAGUCUUUGAAUUAUAUUUUCAAUGAAGUUUCCAGUGAUAAACAAACUGUCCAGCUCUGCCUUUGAUCCGAACUAUAGGAUUGCUGUGUUUGUCUGCAGUCCCGAAUAUCACAACCGUACAGUAGAUCACUGUAGAAAACAUUUAUGCUUGUAGUCGUUAAAAUUUCAGUCCCUUCCUUUAUAUCCAGCUGAGGUCAUUCCCCCCUCCCCUGCCCCAAACUUGAUAUAAAUCAGAAGGAGCCCUGAGCAAGUAAAAGUCAGAUUCCAAAUUCAGCAGCCACGAGAAAUAAUUUAAAAUAAAGGCCUUGAAGAAAUAUUGUGCUCUCUAACCACAGUCCUAAUAAAAGAUAUAUUUGUUAUAGCCUAGAACAGUCAAAGUCAUGAAGAGGGUUAUAAUUUUCCAUUGCAAUUAUAUCUGGAACAUUUGAAGGGACAGAAGACUAGUAUAGAGGACAAACGGAUCUAUAUAGAGAGUACGGGGAGAGUGUGGGAAUUGGGCUGUGUGGUGAAAACACAGUGGGUUGAAUCCAAUGGAUAAGCAAAGCCACACCAAUGGGAUGUUCCCAUGUGUGAAAUGGGGUGAUGCAAUUUUAGUAAAUUCCUUCUUCCCCCUGCAUGCCCCUCUGCUUCACCCAAAAACUUCUUUGGCGUGUCCCAUUUCACAAAUAGAAGAGGUCAUUUUGUGCAUGUCUUGUUGGUUUGUAAUGGAAGAGGAAAUAUUCCCAUUGUGGCAGGGGAGAAUGAUAGUGAUCACUUAUUUCAAUGCAUCAAUACUCUGGCUACCAAUGUUGCUCAUAGGGGAAAACAUCAGCUCACAACAGCUCUCAGGGCCUUGCGCUUGUUGGUAUGGACUGCUAUGCCAGGGAAGCAGCUCAUAGGAUUACCUUGAUUGGGACUAUAAAUACACGUAUUCAUUAUUCUUGGUACUGUACUGUAAUAAAGCUUUAUCUGUCCCCCAUUUUUUUUAACGCAAAUGCAUUUUACAAACAUUAAGAGAGGGCAAUGCCAUGUUGUAAUGCACUUGUGUAUUAUUAGUCAUGUCUUAAGUGGGCCAGAAAUGGACAAACUUGGUUAAACUAUCUGUCUAAGGUCAUAGAGGAAGUUGGUAAUCGGGAUGGCAAGCCAAUAUCGUAUCAGUUAUUCUAACUUCUAAAUCACACUUCCUUGUAUUUUUUUAUUUUUUAUUUUUUGUUAUCUAAUCUAGACAUAAGUGGAUCACUGAGGUGAAUCAGGAUAUCAAGUCAGUUUCUGUCAUGCUUGUUUAUUCUUAAUCUUUACGUCUAUUUAGAAGUGCUCAUCAUUUAGGGGGGAAAGGCUGGCAUUCAGAGCAGAUGAGAUUGCCAUCAUCUGUAGCUGUCACUGGUAAUGAAUAUCCCAAUUUAUGGACUUCAAUUGUGUCCCUAACUCAGGGGUAUCACUAGGGAGGAAGCAAAAAGGACACAAAGCUGACAUAGGUAAAUCUAUCAAUGUUAUCGCUAAUCAUCCUGUUGGUGUUAACAAUAGAGUAGGGAAUACAUCAAGCUGGUGAUUUUCAUUUUGUUUCAUAAAACAAGUACAGGCCUACUCCUCAUUUCACUUGGAAGAUAAAUAAAAUUUAUGCAUUAAUGUCACACAUUAUGGCUCCCACCCCACCCCUAAGGAAAUGAAGAAAAGUGAGCUUGUUGUUUGGCAUGGCUAUGCUACCUUUUAUUCGUUUGUGGUUUUUUCCAUGCAGAAGGUUCCUGCAAUUUUCUCUCCUUUUGUGAAUGAGCUGAUAUAAAUCAUCCACUUCUGUAGGUUUAUAUGGAUGCUAAUGCAUCACAUCAUCAUGUAUUCUCUACAUAACACGCAACUGUUCAAGAAAUGUUUCAGAAAUGCACAUCAUAUUUCAAAGUCAUAUUUUCAGUCUGCCUUAAAAGAGGCUUUUGAAUUGGUUCAAGAGGGAGCCAAUUUUUCUGGCAUGUGAAUUCCAGUAAACAUGGGAUCACAUAGCAAUUGAAUUGUGAGUGGGAGGUUUACUCCAGGUGUUUGGGCAUAAAAAUAAGGGGAGAUUCUUGCAUUACAGGUAUCACUGGAUUAGCUGCAUGUACUGGAGACACUAUUCCUUGGUGUCUGCACUGCCACAUCGGUUACUGCCUGCUGUUUUCUCCUUCUCCUUCUCCUUCUCCUUCUCCUUCUCCUUCUCCUUCUCCUUCUCCUCCUUCAUUCAUGGCCAUUCAGUGCCACAGUGAUUCCUGCUAGCCCUGAGCAGUUAGCUAGCCUGUCAAGUGCUAUAAAAAUCAUAUGAACUGCCAUGUCGACCUCUGCCACAUAGAAAACAUUUUUCAGUGACCUCUGCAUAGAGGCAGUAAAGAUUGAAAUGGUCAUUAGCCUGGUGUUUUAUCAGCAUUUGGCAUAUGCAAGAGCCCUAAACUGCAAUUCAGGCAAAUAAGCAGAUUUCCAACAGAUGUCGAGCAUGCAAGCGCUCUGCUCUGCAACUUGACUUUAAUUAACAUGCCAAAAUAGUUUUCACAGAGUUUUAGCUAACAAAUGCUCAGAUGUGUGGAACUGCAGCAACUGUGGCAAUUUUCAAAAUGCAGUUGUGUAUUCUGAUGGCUAGAUGAAUGUUCCUCUGAACAUAUGCCGGCACAUCUGUUGUAUUGCCUGCAUCUUGAUUGGGUGGCUAUCUGCUGAAAAAUAUGAUGAUGCGAUAAAUAAAUCUCUCCCCUUACUUCCUGAGCCAAAAGAAGCAACAGCGAUGUUUGCUCAGCAAAGUAUACAAUAGUAAUAUGAGGAGGAGGAGGAGGAUGAACCCAUAACAAAACUAAAUUAUGACUUCCACUAUUAUGCAGGGGGAAACUGGUGAAGUCUAAUUAUGACAUGCUGACAUUCAGUUAAUCUGAAAUGAUGGGGCAGCAACCACAGCAACCAUCUGUGAAACUAAAUAUUAUCAUUAUAUACAAAAGGACAGCUCUUGGAGUGAAAGUCUUCAUUUUAAUGCAACCCUUACAUUUGGGUGCCUUGUGCUAAGAUAGACCAUUGAUUCAUUUAGCUUAGCAUUAUCUAUGACUCUACACUGACUGCCCAUAGCCUUCCAGGGUUGCAAGCAAGUCUCUCCCAGCCCUGCCAGGGAUUAAAGCUGAAACCUUCUGCAUGCAAACCGGAUGCUCUGCCACUGAGCUGUGGCCCUAACCCUGGGUGCCUUUUAAAAAUUGUUAUAUUGGCCACUUUCCAGGAGGGACCUCUGGCUGUUCAGCAGGGCUUCCUCUCCCUCUUCUCUCACCUCAUUCCCCAUGCAUUUCCCAAAUCUACUCCAGAAUAGAUUUGGGGACCACAGGUGAGGGGAGCCCUGUUGUGCUAGUGGAAGUCCUUGCACCAAUGGGACAGCUUUGUUGGCUACAACCUUAGCUGGUUUCCUGCUUCUACUAUUUUAAUAAGUGUUGUUGCUUUCAAGAAACAUUUUCCCUUUUUUCCCAUUUCUUUUUCCUCAUUCCUUAUUGUUUGCUUGUAUUUCUUUUUCCACGGUUGUGUUGCUUUUUGUUCCCCUCAUUUGGACAAUACUUCCAUUUUCUGAAAGAAGCCUUAUUGUCUCUAAUAGCUUCCUUGACUCUGCUCAUUUAUCAUGCUGGCAUUGUCUUGGUCUUGGUGGUACCUUUCCUGAACUGUGGUAUACAUUCAAGCUGAACUAUUAUUGUGGUUUUUGAAGAGAUUUGACCCUCUUGACUUUGCCUUUCAACUUCCUGCUUACCAAUCCCCUCACUUUGCAGAAGCUUCUUUUUUAUGUCAAUUGUCACUCUGUUGAAUUACCUUGGCAAUUGUUCACUUAUGAUUUAUGUUUCAUAAUACUAUGGUCAUUCGGUUCAGCAACACUUUGGACACCAUUUAAGAUUAGGUCCAGGGUUGUCUGUCCUCUGGUUGAUAGUAUGACCAACUGUUCCAGAGCAUUGCCACGUAGAGUAUCUAGAAAAUUUACCUCUUUGUUGUGAUCAGAGCAUGCAUUUCCUUAGUCUAUGAUUGUAAAUCAUUUCAGGACUUUUUGAAGUGAUUUAUUAAAUAGCAAUUUACUAAACCUAAACCACAGUGAAUCUGGCUGUGGGCUUCCCCUUUUCAUAUUUCUAGUUAUUUUGAAUCAACAUCCUUUUCAACAUGCAGUAUGCGUUUUCAUGCCCUUUCUAUGGAGCUUUUGUCCAGAUAUAACCAUGCUCAACCAAAUUAUCAUUAUGCCCACUGUAUCUAUGUUCUCCUUUAAGAGCACCAAGCAUUCCAAGUCACUCAUCUUGGUUCAGGGCUUCUAGCACUAGCAUAUAAACACCUGUGCACGACAACUUUCCCCAAAUGUUUCUGAAACAUGUGUUUUCCCUUAUGGUGUUCUGGCCUCUAGAAUGGCACCAAGCUAUCAGGUGGCUAUCAUGUCCCCCUGGAUGUGUGCACCAAGCACACACCCACAACUUCCAUCCAGGAGUUUGGAUUUGAUAUCCUGCUUUAUCACUACCCUAAGGAGUCUCAAAGAGGCUAACAUUGUCCUUUCCCUUCCUCCCCCACAACAAACACUCUGUGAGGUGAGUGGGGCUGAGAGACUUCAGAGAAGUGUGACUAGUCCAAGGUCGCCCAGCAGCUGCAUUUGAAGGAGCGGAGACGCGAACCCAGUUCCCCAGAUUAUGAGUCUACCACUCUUAACCACUACACCACAGGAGACAGUAGUAUACAUGUGCCAUUCUGAACAAUACACUGGAUAACUCCAGACUGCUGCUGGUUUUCUACCAUCACACUUGCUAUUGUUGUUUAUUGAGUUUCUUCACUUGUGGGUUUGCCUUAUUGCUCUGAUGUAAUAAUAAUAAUAAUAAUAAUAAUAGGCGGGUUUCCCCAGCCACUCUGGGCAGCUUCCAACAAAAUAUUAAAAUACAAUGCUGAACUCAUACUUGUGGGCUUCCUAGAGGCAUCAGGUUAGCCAGUGUGAGAAUUAGUGCUGGGUAAGAUGGAUAUUUGCCUCAUCCAGCAGAGCUGUUCUUGACAUCAGCUGGGGCUCCCCUCUUGCUUGUAGAAACUGUGAAGUAUGAAAAGAAAAGCUGGUUUUAUAUUAGUCAAAAUUAGAGGACCCAUCAUUCUUGAGGGAGCUUAAACAUUCUCCUAAUAAACUGAAGCAUCUUAUUUUGUGAAGAAAACAGUGCUUUGAUCAGGACGUCAUUUUCCAGCAAGGGUUUGGAAAUACACAACCGGAAAACAUAGAAGAUUCUGAAGUAGUUACAGUAGUUGUAACUUACUGAAGGGUGUGCUGACAGCUGCUGAGAUUUCUGCAGCCAGGAAGUCUUUAAUCCUUAAUAAAUUGUUUCUUCCUCUUUGGCUUACUUAUGAGGCAUACUCCCCGAAGAAUCUGCAGAGACAGUGUAAGCUCAAGACUUAAGUAUGCUGAAAAAGUAUAUAGAUGCAGAAGGAAGAGAUGGGAUUGCAGAGCUGCUCCAUCUGCUCUGUUGAGAGACCAGCUGCGUUUGGCUCAUUCCCUUCUCUGUUACUCAACUUACUUUAGCGCUCUUUUAAGCAUCUCAAGUGACCUUGGAGAUUUCUUAGUUGACACAAAAAAUCCAGACUUACAUUAUCUUUCCAGGAUUUUUAUUAAUACACAGUUCAACAAUCCCAUAUCAAUAUUACCCCCACUCACUUCUCUGAAGGCCCUUCCAGCUUGCAGAACAGCAUUAUGCAUCCCUUGAAAAACUGACUGAAGACUGCCUCUGUCUGGUUCAUUAUUUCAGUGGCCAGGGAUGAAUGGGGGUUUGGGCUUCAUGCUCCUUCUACUCCCCACCUUGGUAACCUGAGUUUGAAAACAGGAUAAAGAUGUCUGAGAAAUUGCUUGCUGGAAUCAUUGAGACACUGAAAAUUCAAUGAGACAAGCAUUGGGAGUUGGGGAUUAAAAGGUACAUAUACUAUGAAGGGAGAAAUCCCUGGAUCUUUGUCUUACCUGUACCAUGUGAAAUAGAGAUAACUCUCCACUUCUUUUUGGUAAGAUAACAACCAAAUCAAUUCUGGGGGAAAUUGGCAUCCAGUGCGAUUUGUCCUUUUCAAUUCUGUAUAUGAGAAGCCAGAACGGUCUUCUGUCAAAAUUGAUAAGUGGAAAUACAGUGGGGAAUGCAAUUUUAUUUUGUUAAAUGCACAACUGCCAGCAGCUCCAGCUUGUUUACAUUGAGGUUGUCUUGCUCCAUAGCUUUUCUAUUUCCAUCCAAAUAGCCGCAGAUGCAUUGCUGAUGUGAAAUCUGCAUAUCAUAACACUCUGGGAAUGUUGGAGAGGGAAAGGAGGACUAUUACGUUAAGUUGUUUUCACAAGUGAAGAAUUUCAGUGGCUUUAAAAGAGAAAUCUUGAACUUUGCCAAUUCUCUGUAGACGUUUUGGCACGAUAGGCUGUAAAUUCUGCAAACUAGAAAAGCUCAAGGGGUAACUGGAAUGGAUGCUGAUAAAAUCCUAAGAUGUUCAUUACCUCCCACAAUGAAAAUGUCUAAGGAAUAGGAGUUCAGUGCUGCUUUUAGAAAGGAGUGGAGGUCAGUGUUCAUAAACUUAACUAAACAUAUAAGAAAUUUGGAAAUAUAAACAUGAUUCUUGAUUAAAGAAAGAAAUGGAACCUUGGCAUAACUCUGUAUAAAUUCUAAAGUUGGUUUCUUGCAUUUGCAUCAGUAUAGUAAUGCUUCAUGCAUAUACUGUGGCAGAAUCACAAUAUGUAGCUUUUGAAACAUUUCCAAAAAAAUGCUUUAUCCCUGCUGCCCCCCAAUAAAAUUGUCUUGCCUGGGAAUAAUCCCCAUUGGACUCAAUGGGACUUAUAGCACAUUCCUAUGCAUGUCUAUUACGAAAUAAGAGCCACUUCAUGUUACUGUUUUCAGUGUCUAGAUCUUCUCCAACCUGAUGCCCUUCAGAUGUGGUUGCCACCAAUUGCCAUCAGCCCAACCAGCACGACCUACAGUUAGGGAUAAUGGCUGUUGUAGUUGGGAACAUCUGGAGGGUACCAGGUUGGGGGGGGGAUGGAUACAGAUUGUCAUUUGUUAUGAAAUACAUAUAUUUAGUACUAUAUGAAGAGUGACAUGAGUAACUUUUGCAGGUAGCCUGAUUAGAUAGCCAUUGCUUGUAUUAGCUAAUGCUGCAUAUAACUGUGGUAGGAAAUCCAUUUGUACCACUUCAAACUCUUACAAAUUGUGGUAGUAGCAACAGUAAUAGUGGUGCUACAAUUCUUGCCCCAGCAACCUAGUUAGUUUGAAGGCAGAGAGGUGUUUCUUCCCCCAACAGGUCCCCCCCCCCAGUCUUCUGCUGUAGCCAUCUGUUAUGUUUAUGUUUCCUAACUAUUAAUACAUAAAGGAAAUUGACUUGGUGCUUUAGUAGAGACAGUAGUUCUGAAAGGAUAGGGUAGUUUGUUGUGACAAUACUUUCUUGGGCGUCUUGCAGUCUCAAACUCCAUGUAUUAUACAUAAUGGCAUUGACAUGUGUGGGCCUUCCAUUUGCCAUAGGGAAGAAUAUUUAUGAAAACAAGAGACAUCCCGUGUCUGCUAAUUGACUGAAAUGAAUAUUUUAGUUUACUGCAAAUACAGUGGGGCUGAAUUUAAUGCAUUUCAUAUGCACAGAAUAGAGAUGGGCAGCCAUGGUGGAACUGAAGAGAUAGGAUUCAGCAUUGCUGCAUGUAUAUUCCUUGAUCUACACAAGCGAAGAAGGUGAAGGAAAGAAAGCAUGAACUUUUGCACCGUGUGCGGAAUUCAGCAUCAAUGCUAGUGUUCUUUUCUUACAAGCAAGAUUCUAGCUUUUGUGACUGUGGGAAAAUAGGUGUAAAAAUGUGUGAGUCGUGUCCAUUGACAUCUCAUAAGUUAGCAAAUGAACAACUCUAAGAAGCAGAGGUCAUAAAGAUAUUCCCCACAAAAUAUACUCUAAAGAUUUAGCUCUGAUAAGGGCAAGACAAAAAUAAUGCAGAUGUUCUUUCGUCUCCAUUUCUUAGAAGCACAAGCAAAGCUCAUUAUUGGUUUUCGGUUAACAUCCUUCCAAUACACUAAUGGGUGUUUUCCGGUAUUUAUUUAUUACCUACAUAUUUCCGGGUAUUUUCAGUCUAAGCAGAGUCUAUAUCAAGCCACAUAAAUAGUUCUCCAUAUGUCUAUCCUUACUUUGUUUGAAACAUAGAACAAAAGGACUAAAUUAGUGUGGCGAAUCCUGUUCCCAUGCCAAGUCCCAAUCAGAAAAUUAAGGUAAUAAGUCAAUUGAGAGUGGUUCAGUUUUAAAAUACGGAUAUGUGUGUGUUGGUUUGUUUUUUCCAACCAAGGAAAACUCUGCAAUAAUUUUAUAACUAGUGAUUUGCUCUUUGUGUGAAAAUUAUGACUUUUAACAUAUAUACGUUCACAUACAGGUUAAAGAUUCCUAUAGUGGCUCUCUAGCAAACUUUUGCAGAAUCCCAAACAAUUGCACUUAAACCUUUUUUCUUUCAAGGAGUUAAUCUUUUCUUUCUUCCUUCCAGGGAGUAAGUCAAAGAAAAGUUUUAACACAGUGGGUGACAUUUACAACCUACUCUUCUAUCACCUGAAGAAAUUGCAGUAUUAACCUAGUUGCUGGAGGGAAUAACGACUUUUAACCUGGUAAUGGAAGGUUGUAUUCCCCAGCCCACUAUUCCAUCACCCUGGAGGAUGAGCAAUUUAACCUCUUCUCCUAUCCUUUGAGAGUAUAACCUCUUCUGCUGAACGCACUUUUCCAACUCAGAAGGAAAAGAUGACCUUUACCUAGUUUCUCAUCCUUCACAGUAUGAGUCAUUGUCAUUUAAUUAAUUGUUCUAAAAGGUCAUUUCUGUGGCAAAAUACUGAGAACAUUAUAUUCAUGGAACUACGUUUAUAAAUGCAGAAAGUCAUAUUCUUGAACCCAACCCUAGAAAAGAUGAGGACCAAUGUUGUUUUUUGAAUAGUGUGCUGGUAAAGGAACAACAACGGGAUGUGGGUGGCGCUGUGGUAUCUUGGGCUUGUUGAUCGGAAGGUCGGCAGGUUUGAAUCCCCAUGAUGGGGUGAGCUCCCGUUGCUCGGUCCCAGCUCCUGCCUACCUAGCAGUUCGAAAGCAUGUCAAAGUAGAUAAAUAGGUACCGCUCCAGCGUGAAGGUAAACGGCGUUUCCAUGAGCUGCUCUGGUUUCGUGGCUUAGUCAUGCUAGCCACAUGACCCGGAAAAACUGUCUGUGGACAAACGUCAGCUCCCUCGGCCAGUAAAGUGAGAUGAGCGCUGCAACCACAGAGCCGUUCGCAACUGGACUUAACUGUCAAGGAUCCUUUCCCUUUUUAAAGGAACAACAUCAGGCACAUCCCUGCCUAGCUGUAAUGUGGGGGGGAAGCCACUAUAAUUUAUCUUAACCUACCUUGUUUUGUUUAUGUGAAGAUACAAUAGAAUAACUCCAUGUAUGGCAUUCUGACCUCUGAACUCCAGGGAGGAAGAGUGGGCUAUAGCUAGUAUUUGAAGGAGGAGGAGGAGGAGGAGGAGGAGGAGGUUAAAUAGCAAACACAUCGAAGCACAGGAGUGUGGGGUGUGUUUUCUGAGAAAAGGUGGUAGUGUGCUGUAUUUUUAUUUGCACAUCUUCCCAUCUGUGAAAGACACUAUUCACAUACAGUGGUGCCUUGCUUCUCAAACUUAAUCCGCUCUGGAAGUCCAUUCCAAAACCAAAGCAUUCCAAAACCAAGGCACACUUUCCCAUAGAAAGUAGUGCAAAAUGGAUUAACUCAUUCCAGACUUUUAAAAACAACUCCUAAAACAGCAAUUUAACAUGAAUUUUACUAUCUAACGAGACCAUUGUUCCAUAAAAUGAAAGCAGUAAACAAUGCACUGCAGUCACAAAAUCAAGCAAUCAAUAGCUGAACUGGGUUCCACACAGUCACAAAAAAGAGCUGCAAAAACAAAAACGCAAAAUAAACAGCAAAAACAGACAGACCUCAGCAUAACACUUAAAAUGGAAGUGUGGCAUUCAGAUUGAAAGCGUAACACUCAAAACGGAGCACGUUCAGCUUCCAAAAAAAGUUCAUAAACCAGAACACUUACUUCCAGGUUUGCAGUGCUUGGGUUCCAAGUUGUUUGAGUACCAAGGCGUUUGAGAACCAAGGUACCACUGUACACUUUUACAUACUUACACCCACAUAUAAACAAUUGCAAAAAACAAGCAAACUACCAAGUGUUCAGAGUAGACAAUGCAUUGGAAGGAAAAAGUAGGUGAGCUAUGAAACAUAUUGGAUAGUUUCUUACUUUUGUGAUACCUAAAUCAUUCUAUGAACUGAAUUGGCUCUCCCCUUUCCCUCACCCCCUGCCCCACAAAAAGCUGCCACCUGGCCUGCGAGGGCAGGGCCCUGACUGACUCCAGCUGCAAAACCCGAUGCUGCUGAACAGUCUCUUGAGCUGGGGUGUUUUGCUUCAGGGAGGGUUGUUUCUUUUGUGGGUUUUUUGGUAUCUUUAUUUUAGAUCUUGUGGUCAUAUAUGUGGAACUUGUUCAGUUUGAUUGUGUAUUUUUAAUGUUUUAUUUCUUGUUUAUGACUACUUUUGUUAUAUUGUAAUUAUGUAUUUCUUUCAUGGUGUAGGUUGCCUUGAGCAUGGUUUAAACAGUGAAAAGGCAGCAUACAAAUAAAAUUGUGUGUGUAUGUGUAAAGGAAUGUCUUGUAAUGAAUUGUCUGACAGUAUCUCUGUUGAGACACUCAUACACGUAGGCUUUCUGUAGGGUAACCUUCAUCCACAUUUAGACUACAGCUUCCAUCAAGUUAUGUUGGUUGAUGGUGAAGGGCAUUGUAAGCCAACCUCAGGGAGGCACAAAGUUGGUGUAGGAUGUCGUGAGGGGUCAACUUGCCUACCUUAAGUUCAAGACACUGGUGCAGUCAGGCAUCAAAUUUAGGGGAAGGCUGGUUGUUUGGUGGCAGAGCAUAUGAUUUGCAUGCAGAAGGUUCAAUCUCUGGCAUCUCCUGGUGGGGCUGGGAAUGUCCCUUGCCUGAAACCCUAGAGAACAGUUACAAGUCAGUGCAGGAUGGACCAAUGGUCUGGCUCAGUAUAAGGCAACUUCCUACAUUCCUAGUUUACAUUCGGUUAUAGGUAUCUUCUAACUUCAUGUUCAUUAAGUGUGUUAAAUGUUUUUGUGAAUAAUUUAAUAGCUAAGGAACUCUAAUAUCUUGUAACUUCAGGGACAAACCUACCACAUGAAAUGAAUUAAGUUGCCAAUUAUUAUUUAUUAUUUAUAUUGGACCUAAGAAUAGACUGUGUUCUUUAUGUGAUUUGGCAGGUAACUCUGAUUCUGGCUUAUGGUUUAUGUGGCUGAUGGAAGGCUGACAAUCAUAUGAGAUUGACUGAUUGAUGGAUGAAUACUUUGUCUUUCCCCUGACCCAUAAAUCAAUAGUUGGCUUGACAGAAGUAAAAUGACUGUGUGAUAUAUUGUCAGCCUCUCGUUCUUGAUUUUGGCACCCCUGAAGGCAUGCCAAAUUUUGCUUAAUGGCUUCCCACUUUAGUUUAUUUGGGGAAAGAGUGCUUUUACUGUGAAAAUUGGAGCAGGGCAAUACUAAAUGAAAAUAGCUUUCACUACUACCAGAAGUAUUCGAUCUUGAAUCAAGUAAUUGGGGUAAGGUGACUGGAAGACUUUGUAUGCCCUUAUAGAGCAAUGUAAAGUAUUGUAUCUGCAACAGACUUUAGUCUCAAAAUAAGCACCUCACUGUGCUACGUUUUUUAUUUUUUGUGCAGGAAGUUGAACUUUGUCGUGUUAGCAGCCAGGAAAAGCUGGGCUUGACUGUCUGCUACCGCACGGAUGACGAGGAAGACACAGGAAUUUAUAUCAGUGAGGUAAAGUUCUGUGAGGGGGGUGGUAAAGGGGAAGUAGAAUAAGCAUUUCUGUAGCCUGACUACCAGAAUUCUGUCAAUUUUCCAAUGCAAACUGUUAGCAAACUGCCUAAAUUAUGCCGCCCAAGUAAUAUAAUUGUCAUUGCAGGCAAGUUUGUUUAACGUAAAUGUGUCAAAUGCAACAUUACCAUGAAGCGAAUUGCCUGAAAAGUCAGAAUGUUGCUUAAAAAGUUAGGUGAAACAUUGUCUUAGUACUGUUAACUGGACUCUUUGAGAGAACCUGCAGCUCCUUGACAUCUUUUCCUGCCUGCCUCCCACUUGCCCCUUCAUUCCAGAGUUUAUUCCCUCGGCCUUCUGACUUGCCUGGUGAUCCUUUUCUUACUCCUUGAAGUUUAUAGGAUUUAUUCCCUUUAAUCUCACUCCAGAACCAGAGUAGCUGUGAUUACUGGGAAGAGACUGGCUCCAUUCCACAAAUUAAAACAAUAAUUCUGCUACAUGCCAUACUUACAGAGUUUACAAGAUUCACCAAACUUCUGCUUGCUUGCUUGCUUGCUUGCUUGCUUGCUUUUCUGGUCCAUACCAUUUGCAUGAACUACCCCUAUACAAAAUUGUUGACUCUGUCCACUGGUGCCAUUCCAAUCAAUAUUUUUUUUUAUUGCACUGCAAUAAAAUUGCCUUGCCAUAUGCAUUCUUUUUAUGCUUCCUCUGUGUCUCUAACUUCUACAUUCAUGCUGUCUUGGAGCAUUUCCUGUUUAUUUGCUGCCUUUCAGCAUCCUUCCUGAAGUACUUACUCAAGUGCAUACCUUAGUUAACAAGGACUCUCUGUCUCUUAUCUCAUUAGAGUUAUUUAGAACCAUUGGAGGAUUUGGGGGGGGGGACAUUCAUUUUAGUCAGAAGUUGUAUUUCUCCUGUCACCCAGAAGCCUAUGGACAAUGAUUGGACACAUCACCAAGUAGUUCAGAACUGCAGAACAUCAGAGAGCUCCAAGAAAUGUGCUUCAAUGAAAUCUAGGACUUUUUUUUCCAAGGACCAGAUCUCCCCUCCCAGGCACUGCCCCUUCCCCUUUCCCAAGGAGUAGAAAGUACUGUUUUGAAGUUAGAUCUGUAAUCUAUAUCUGGUGAAAAUAUUUGGUCCGAAGGCAUAUUCAGUUCAUAUGCUGAAACCAUGAGGGUUUGGUCCUGACAAGGGUCAAGAUUGCUACCUGUAGAAUGUAUGCAGACUGCUUGGAGAUCCCCGGAGGAAGAGUGAUGUAUAAAUAUAACAAAUAAAAAUAUAAAAUAUUUACAAAUGCAGCCUAGCUGCUGGACAGUGCUUUUAUAGCAUUAUUUACUCCCAUUUUUAGCUUGUUUCCUAAAAUUGGUGUACAGACCUAUCCGUCCCUAGGCCUUUAGUACUGAUAGUAUUAAAAACUUCUGGUUGUUUUUGAAGCCCAUAAAGAUCCCAUCAUACUUCAGCAGCUGAGGUCAGUUAGGUAACAGAGAAGCCUACAGUAUAGGUUUCUUACUAGUUUGCAAAGAUUUAAAAGAGAUCUGCUGGUUUUAUCUGUCUUUGAAUUUUAAAAAGUGCUCUCCUUAGCUCUGUUUUGAACCGUUCUGCCUUUCCCUUCAUUUGAGUGGCUGCAAUUGCUCUCUUUUCAUACCAGAUUAAAUAUUUCCACAACAUUUUCUCUCCAACAACACACAAUAUGAAAAUAAGACCUGCUUGGGAGGGGGAGGUAUUGUCAUCUUUAUAAGAUGUAACUUGCAAGCCGAGUGCUUAGGGAGGCUUUGCUGCAAAAAGUAAUGGCAAGGAAAAAUAAAUGGCUUCAGAUAUCCAUCAAGGAAAGGGUGGCCAUUAGUCAAGGAACAGUUUUGCGACUCUGAUAAACCUUUAAUGGAGCCUUCAAGAUAUAUUUAGGUUAAAGCAAAAUUUAACUACGUAAACCAACCAUUUAGUAUAUUGUAUCAGUGUUGAAGAAAGGUAAAUCAUAUAUUGUAAUGGCUUUUCUUCUUCUUAUUUUUGUUUGUGAUAUAAGGACACAGAAGUCUAGCUUGAUAGGUAAAGAUGCCAUGCAAAACAUUUUAUAAAGGGUAUGAACUUUUUAACACAUACAGUCUCUCCUGAGCAUUAUCAAGCUCCAACUCCUCUCAUUUCCCCACAUCUAGGGUUCCGUUAAUGGUGAUUUGGUUUACUUGUCAAUCCCCUUCCUUUCCCUGAGUUAUCUGGCAUACUGAGAGGGCUUGGGAGAGACGCAGGGUCAUCUUUCUUUUGUGUGGCAUAUGGAGUAGGUAAGAGGCCCUGGGAGUCUCUCCUGUUUCUUACCUGCUUGAACACUGCAGUGGAAAGGAGACUUCCUGUUGCCUGGCAUCCUGUGCUGGGUGCAAUCGUCCCUGGCAAACUGGCAAGGGUUUUCUGGUGCCUUCCCAUAUCCAUGAAUUCUGAAAUUUAUACCUUGGCUUUACAAGAGCUGAAAAGAAAUUCUUGGUUGCCCCUUUCCCAAAGAAGUACUAAUCUGAAAAAACCUACACACCGCCCCUUAAACAUACGUUAAAUGAAAACUUAUUUUAGAACUAACUAUGGCAUUUCCACCUCAUGUAGGUUGAUCCAAACAGUAUCGCUGCCCGAGAUGGACGGAUCCGGGAAGGAGAUAGAAUUUUGCAAGUAAGUAACUAUGAGCAUGCUUUCUCACUACGGUUCUUCAAAAAUGUACAGUCCAUUGUUUCUGUAGAAUAUUAGGCAGGCAAAUUCUUGUUAAAGUACGUACACCCAAAUAUGUGAUUUUAGUAUUUGUUUUAUGACGGCUGGUUUUAUCUUUUUCUGUUUUUUUUGAAAAUGUUAUGUCUUCUUGUUUUCAAACAUUUAUUUUAUUGCUAUUUGCUUAUGCAUAUUUUACAUUGUUUUAUGUUAACUGCUUAUAGGAUUUGUUAUUGAUUAAUGCAGUCUAUAAAUAUUGUAUCACACCACCCCAAUCUUCAUGAGCGGUGCAAGAUUCCAGGGGGUUCCAGGCACUCCCCUGGGGCUGUUUCUCUGUUGGGAAGAUUGGGGCGCUGUGGAGGAUAGCACCUUUAAGAAAUAUGGUUCAUUAACACAUAUUUACACCUGGAAGUUUGCAGUGGAGGGGGUACAGGACAUUAUACCCCAAUAGUGUCUCUCAUUGCCCCUCUCGUCAGUCCGUCAUGGCUCCGGGUCUUGUGGUACAGUCUCCUCCUCCAAUAUGGUUCUGACCUCCAGUCCCCACAUGGAGUUCUGGCUUGCCCAGGAGCUCCUAGAGGACUAGACUUUGUCCUCGUCCUUCUUCCCAGCACACCUCUCAACAAAAAUCCAGGCCUACUGUAAAAUGACACUUUCCCCUGUCACCUCACACCCCUCCAUGUCACCUUGGCAACCCCUGUUUUUCACAGAUCUGAGACCCUUCCUAUGAUGUGAUAAUGACCAGCAAUCAGCACCUUUGUCUCUUAAUGGCUUUGCUCUUAACUACCCUGGUCAGACAUGUUUGCAGAAGCCAGCCCAGGGAUUCCUUCCCUGGCUGGCGCACUUCUGCAACUUGUGUUUUCCAUUCAUAUCCCUAAUAUUAGCUAGAUUCUGGCAUUCAUUAAUUUCUUGAGUUUAGGAGGGGUUUCUUCCCCCCCCCCCCAAAAAAAAGUAUAACAAUAUAAAUAGAAUGGCAGUGGAAGCCAUUCUAUUCAUUUUUAGCUGCCAUCUCCUGGAGGUAACAUCAUCAGCACAUGAUGGCUGAGGAAGCCACAGCACUGGGUCUGGGGCUAAUGGAUGCUCAGAGAAGGGAGCAUACAAUGGAGAGAAGUGCUUCAGAGGAGGGAGGAGAAGGAAGGAAGAGUCAGGCAUGGUGGACUCAUAUUGCCAGGGCUUUCUGAGUAAAAAAUACGAUUUUAAUAGAAACUAUGGAGGCCCAGGAAAAGCCUGGAAGAGCUCCUACCAUACUCUACAGAACAGAAACUUAAGGCCACAUUUCUUCCCAGCGAGCCUUUUUCAAAUCCAGUGGAAAUUCUGAAGAAAAUGCCCAGCAUGGCAUUGCUGUGUUCAGCCAAUGCAUAACAACAUUAGAAGAUGGAAAGUAGAUAGGGGUGGGACCUAUAAUGCAUGUUAGUGGCAGCAUUUGUUGUCAAAAAAAAUAUGAAAUCAAGCAUCCCUUCCCUAGUAACCUAAGACUUUCCAUUCCUGUCCAUGGCCGCUGCUUCCCCAGCACGGGGACUGAAGCAAGCUCACACGUGCAUGAACCAAUUAUCCCUUUUAUGCAAUUUGUGCAGUUUUCCUUUUGUUGUCCGGUGAUACUUGUUGAUAGUAGCAGGUUGCUUCUGUACAAACAACCCUGCAACUGCUAGGCAUUAAUUCAGCCUUCCUGAGAGCCUGCUGGAUGUUACAAGAUCAAUCUGAUUCUAUCCCACCAGGUCUUUCAUUUCCUCAGGAAACAUCUUUGCUGGGAAACAUAGCUUUACUUCUUACUCUGCUAUCAGUUCUGAGAAUCAAACAAAUCUCUGGAACACAAUAGGAUCUACAAGCUGCCUGGCUAAGACGGUCCUUGCUUUGCAGGCAUAUAAUAAGUCGUGUUUCAGUGUGAGGGCUUCUGCAAGGAUAUAUUAUUUUAUUUCUUCGUAUAUUGGGGGAUAUGAUUUUUUAUUUUCUUUUUCUUUUUUGCAGUGCACACAUCAUAUGAUGGGGGGAAGGGAGGGAAUUCUCAUAUUGCAUUACCUUACUUUGACUAGAUGUUGGACUGAUAUGAAUUUGCAGAGAGGGACUAAAAAGUAAUGAGCCAUGUAACAGAUCUGAACACUGAACCGUUUUUUGAAAAUGAUAAAAAAAGAACAAAAUUUGAUGUUAUGGGCAUUUUUAGUUCUGUGUACACUGUGAUAAAAGCAAAAACACCUGAUGCUUAGGUAGCCCAUUUCUGCUCCAGUCAAAGGCAGGUUGUUCUGGUUCAAGAAAAUAUUAAUUAUUUAUAUUUUAAACCAUUUCUGAACUGCUUAGUAUUUGAAAAACUUGCUAAGUGGUAUACAAAAAUAUAUGCAAAUUUAAAUCAUAGCGGACCCUACUUAGCUUUGCCAAUAUGUUAGCAGUUCUAAGAAUUCUCCACAGUGCCCCAUGAGAAGCUGAUAGACAGAAGCCAUGUUCAAUAGAUUGCAUAUACUAAAUAAAAUUGGACCAUGUCAUAUAAAACAUUUCUUAUUUCGGUUCAGUGUUCUCUUUGCAAUGUUGUUAACUAAUCCAUAAGAAUUAUGUCCAAUAUUUGUGAUACCCAUGAUAUAAAAUUGCAGAUGACACCAGACUAGGAGGGAUAGCUAAUGCCGCAGAAGAUAGAAUUGGGAUUUAAGAUAGCAUAGUGUCCCAAUCAAGGGAAGUAACAGUACCACUCUAUUCUGCCUUGGUCAGACCACACCUAGAGUACUACAAUUUAAGGAUGAUACUGACAGGCUGGAACAUGUGCAGAGGAAGGCAACCAUGAUGAUAAAGGGUCUGGAAAGCAAGCCUUAUGAGGAACGGUUGAGAGAACUGGGUAUGUUUAGCCUGGAAAAGAGGAGAAUGAGAGGAGAUAUGACAGUCAUCUUCAAAUAUCUAAAGGGCUGUCACAUGGAAGAUGGAACAAGCUUGUUUUCUUCUCUGGAGAGUAGGAUCUGAACCAAUGGGUUCAAGUUGCAGGAAAUGAUAUUCUGACUAAACAUGUUUAAUAGGUUAUUGAAUUUUAGUGUUUUGUUGGAAGCCGCCCAGAGUGAUUGGGGAAACCCAGCCAGAUGGGUGGGGUAUAAAUAAAUAAAUUAUUAUUAUUAUUAUUAUUAUUAUUAAGAACUUUCUGACAGUAAGGGUUGUUUGACAGUGGAACAGAUUCCCUGGGAAGGUAGUGGAUUCUCCUUCCUUGGAGGUUUUUAAGCAGAGGUUGGAUGACAAUCUGUCACGGAUGCUUUAGUUGAGAUUCCUGCAUUGCAGAGGGUGGACUAGAUAACCCUUGGGGAGCUCUUCCAACUCUACUGUUCUCUGGUUCUAUGCUUCUAUGUGUGUGGCAAUGUGAUAUAUGAGUUGGAAUCUGAUCAUUAAGUUUAACAGAAAAUGAGUUGUGGUUAGGAUUCUCCUUUCAUAUUGGGCAAUGUGCUGGCUCAGUACCCAUUCUUAUGGAUGAGAUAACUCAGAGCAAGGGAAUCUGACAAUUUUAUUAUACUAGGUUUAUGUGAAAAGAAUUAUUUUAAAAGGCAGCAUUCUGCAGGCCAAAUUCUCAGGAUGCUGAACUGCUUCCUUGUGUUUGUCUAAUUUUCCAAAUACAGCGGUACUUCGGGUUAAAUACUUAAUUCGUUCUGGAGGUCCGUUCUUAACCUGAAACUGUUCUUAACCUGAAGCACCACUUUAGCUAAUGGGGCCUCCCGCUGCCACCGCACUGCUGGAGCACGACUUCUGUUCUCAUCCUGAAGCAAAGUUCUUAACCCGAGGUACUAUUCCUGGGUUAGCGGAGUCUGUAACCUGAAGCAUAUGUAACCUGAGGUACCACUGUAAACUGCCAUUACUAUUCACUUAUGCAGCCAUUCCAACAUGAUGAAAUAUAUAGUUGUUGGAUUUUUACAUAGUUAUUUCACAGGAUUAUGGCUGUAGUACACAACCCGUUGUAGUCAUGGGCGCUUCCAAAACGUCCUCGAGGAAUGGCUAUUCACUAGUAGAGCAUCUGCUUUGCAUGCAGAACGUCCCAUGGUCCGUCCUUGGCAUCUUUAUGGACGGCUUGGAGAUAACCCUGCCUGACCCCCUGGAGAGCUACUGACAGUCAGUGCAGACAAUAUUGAGCUGACAAUAGUGACACAAAGUCUGCCGCAGUAGAAGGCAGCCUCCUACAUCUGCCAUCUGAAUUUCUCUUUGGAUACCGGAGUUCCAAAUUAUGUGGCCUUGUGUCAAAGGAGGACUUACAUACUUGGGAUUUGCCAUUGUUCCAUUUUUGUUUUCCAACUUUUUAAUUAUGCAGUGCAUGUGGGGGUUUCAGUUCCUCCCAGGCACAGUGUCGGUAGGGCCCACUUCCGUUGGAGUCCUUUGAUGAUGCCUGAAACUGCUGCCCUGCUACUCUCCUGCAUGCUCAGUUACAGAAUUUCCUAGCUCUGGCCAGCAGCCAAGUGAAGCUGCUCAGUUCACGGUCCAUUACAGCACCAUCACUGCUUUGAGGGAUGGGCAAGGCUGCAAGAUACAACAGAAGAGGGACCAAGGAACUGUAGCGGAGAUUGUUUGGCACUUACAGUGGCCCAUUGGUGGCAAACUGCCCAUGAUGCCUUUCCCUUCCUUCCCCACAAAAAAGAAUCUGGAGCCAGGCCUUCCUCCUCCAGUUCAUUUGUGCCCUCUUGCUCAUCCUUGUUGCUGAUAAGUUCACAGUAGAAAAACACUGCAAGAAAGCAAACUUAAUGUCAUUGUUAGAGUGUGCUUUCUGCCUAGGGGCUUCUUGUGCAGCGUUCCUCCAAAAUGCACCAUGUGCAUUUCUGUUUGUUGAUGAAAUGCCACACCAAGGUAGUCUUACUCAUGCAGUCUUAUGCACAAUUGCAUCAAGAUUCCAUUUUUGCAGUAUUUUCUGAAUGCAGGCAUUGGCAACGGGCAGGAGAAAAGAGGCAAAUGAACCGAGAUAACUGAAAGCUGCAGCAAGCAUCACAUUUUAUUUUAAACAUCACAAAUUAUUUUAAACAUUUUCAUGAUUAUACUGGAAUUCAGGAAGUAUGGCAGGCAAGUCAUAGCUAAUCCGUAGGAGAGAAAAAAUGAAAGCAUAAAAGAGCCCCUCUCCUCCAUAGCUAGUCAGCAGGUGGGGGGAAGAGCCCUGUUUAUUUAUUAAUUCACUCGCUCGUUUAUGCAUUCCAUUUAUUAAUCACCUUAUUAAAAUAUCCCCUAGCCAAUAUGCAAUAGAUAUAAAACAAAAUUUAAAACUGUUUCUAAAACAUUUUUCAUAGAUUUUGGUUGCAACCAUAAAGUGAAAAUGUUGAGGUCCCUUUCGAGAUACUUUAACUCCUUUGAAUCCAUACACAAUUUAAGGAAGUUGCAGUAAAUAUAUUUUCCGUAUUUUUCCAUGUAUAAGACUAUGGGUUUUUUACCCAAAAAAAUAGGUUUAAAAUUGGGGCUCGUCUUAUAUACGGGUAGUGCUGAGGGGUGUUUUCUUAAUUUUGAGUCCCCAAAAAUAGGGGGCGUCUUAUACAUGGGGGCAUCUUAUACAUGGAAAAAUACGAUAUAUUUUAAAGCAUUCAUACAAUAAAUUUAUGAGUUAUUAAAAGGCAAUUAGCUUCUUAAUUUCAUACGCUGCUGAUUUGUUCUUCAGUUUCUCUGAACUGAACAGAAGAUUGUAAUGCUGACUUGAGAGUUCAUGUACACAGGUGACUUCAUAUACAAACACCUGGAGGUUUGAGAUGAGAUAUAUAUUUUGGCCAAAAUUAUUCUUACAACCAGCCACUUUAUGUUUGAUGCGUUAAUGCAGGUCAGGGGUAGUUGGCAUGUUGCCUUCCAUAUGUUGUUGGAUUCCAACUUCUGUCAGCCCCAGUCAGUUUGUCCAGUGGUCAGGGAAGAUGGGGGUUGCAGGCCAAGAACAACUGGAGAGCCCUACAUUGGCACCUCCCAAUUAAUCCAAAAUUAAAUUUGCAAAUUUCAGUUUCAGAUGUCCUAAAUGUUUCAUGUAUUUAUUUAUUUUUCUCCCCGCCAUGACUGUAACUCUGUUCAGGCAUUCUUUCCCCCUCCAUAAUCACCACUGCACAUCUGGAAGCAAAGUGGCAUGUUCCCUAGCUCUACUCUUUUAAGUGUGUGUCACUGUUGCCUCUGCGCAUUGGAUGACUGUGGGAAAAGCAGUAGUGGUGGAGGGGGACUAUACCCACCCGCCCCCAUCACAUGAUUAUGUGAGGGAAUACACCUUGAAAAGGCUCAUGAAAAAAGCAAAUGGAAAGAUAAGAUAUGGGGAAAGGUUGGCUGCGCUGCAUAAAGAUACUGCAAUUUUCUCUGCUAAUGCUCACAUAAGAAGAACGGUUUAAAUUUCAAAGAUGAGCAAUUUUGUAUGUUGUUCAUCUGGUCCCUGGAUUUGCUGCCAAACCCAUUAAGAAAUAGUUAACACAGGCUACUGUUUGGCAUUAUCACAAAGUUGUGCUUGGAAAGUUAAAAAGCAACAACUGAAGAUUCACUUUUAAGUGUGCACAGCAUACAUGAUUGCUCAGAAGUCCCAAUGUGUUCAACAGGGUUUUCUCCUGAGUAAGGGUGUAUGGGAUUUGCAGCCUCUAGUAUGAAUUUUGGCACCCAGUGUGUGUGUGUCUGUCCAUGUGUGUUCGGGCGCACGCACAAAUAUCAAAUGAUUAAAUGAAACAGCAAUCAGCAGUGGCCUGUAAGUAUUGCCUGGUGAGAGAUAAUGCUGUAGACCUCUAAUUGGCUCUCUCUAAGCUUCCAGUAUGACUGAUUUCAGCUGUAGUAUUACCAGUCUUGCUUCCACCAGCACUAUUAUCUCAGACUGACACUUCCAUUACUCUGAACAGAGAAAGAUGAACGUCACCUGUCAAGGGCUGGUUAAUUGUGUUGCUAGAUGUAUGUUGCCAGGGCGCAGGUUGGACAUUUAUGAACAUAACUGCUUCCUCUGAUGUCCGCCAUCCUUCAACGAUCGAUAUGGCUCUUACAGUAAGCGCAUAAUUGAGUGAAGGCACUUACCACUGAGGGGGCUGAAGAUGAGCCCAUUGUGUGAGCUUCAUUGUCCAUACAUUUGCCACAAAUGAGCUGAUAUUUGCUCUAUAUUGUGUGUUGCGCUGUGGAAAUGGAAACUAAUGUGCCACUUUCAUUUGUUUUAUAGAUAAAUGGCCAAGAUGUCCAGAACCGGGAGGAGGCAGUGGCAUUGCUCUCCAGCGACGAAUGCAAGAAAAUUGUGCUGCUGGUAGCAAGACCAGAGAUGCAGGUUAGAGUAAAUAGAUGCAUUGAGAAUGAGGGUGGUUCGCAGGGCACAUACAUUCACUGCCAUCCGCAGAUAAUGAACAGCUGGCGGGGAAAUGACAACGCAGAAGUUCCUGUCAGAAUGGAGAAAAUGAGAAUAGAUGGUCUUUACUGUUUUGUAGUUGCAGAUGCAAAGUUAAAGGGAGCUUGAAUACCACUGUACUAGCUGAAUGAGUCUUUAAAAUCAUACGUACCUAUAAGAAUGCAGCUGAUUGUCUAGUAGAAUACACAACCAAACACAAAGAAAUAUUGAAAUUGCCCAUAUGUAGCAGAAAAUGCAUGUUGAUUUCUCAUAUGAUAUAAGUUGGUCUGAAAUUCCAAUAUGGGCUGCUUUUCUGAUUUCCAUGUCAUAUUUCCAGAAUAUUUAUAAGUACAAGGAAGUUUCACCGCACCGCAAACCAAGUAUUAAACUGUACACUGGAAUUACAAUAUCAUGUUCAUACACAGUUUAGAACGAAUCGUAUUUUUGAAGGUCUGUAGCAAAUAUGAAUAACCAUCAUUCAUUGACGGAAAACGGUUUUUCUGCUUUGUGAAAAUGUUUCCAUAUUUUGGAAGGCAGAGUUAGUAUGCAGAUUCCUAAAAGGAGGAGAGAGAAUAGUGGAAGAAAAACACCUAGUUGUACUUCCUUUUAUAUCCUGCUACAAAGCAAAAAGGACGUUCUGUUGCCCCUAUUGUAUCCAUCUGUCUUUGGUUCAGGCAAAGUUGGUUAUAUUGCCACUUGUUUCUUGUGUUAUUGAUCUGAUAUUUUUCAGCACUGGUAACCGCACAAUCUCUAUAAAUUACAUUGAAUAAAUGUAAUUCAGUGUCACCUGAAAGCCUUCCUUUGACUAGUGUAGUUAUAGAGGAUCACAGUUCGAAGCAUAUAUUUCCUUUAUAGUCUUAUACAUUCUAAAUGGUGCUGAUAAAAGCAGCUGUAUAGUAUGGCAGAGGAAAGCAAUUCACAUCAGGUUUAUGUAGCUUGGCUGUGGCUCUUGUAGGCUUAGAUAACUUUCUGAAACUAUAAAUGGCUUGCUGAAACAUUCUGCUUAUAGGCUCUUAAGGGGUUUUAUAUCAGUGAUGCAUCUGUCUUUCGGGAUUCAGUUGUACAACAAACAAUGACUACCUGGGGCCUAGCAUUAGUCUCUUCUUGCCUCUCUUGUGUGGAUAAAACGGUCAAGGGAAAAGAAAAGAUGUUAUCCUAAUUUGCAAAGCAUAUCUGGAAGGCAUUGGUUUCCAAGCUUCUUGGUUAGGCACAGAAAUUAUCAAGGCACAGAAGUGACCGAGAAAGUACAGCAAUGACACAUCCAGACAUAGUGUUUUAUGGAUAUACAAUUUACAGUCAAGUACAAAUCACCCAUUUCAGCCCUUGCUUAUUGCUAGCAAAAUUUGCAUGGCCAUCAUGGUUGUGGUUGAUACAAAAUAACGGUUGUGGUUGAUACAAAAUAACAAAAGUAGCUCUAAAUUCCCGCAAUGGGACUGCACAUCCUGUUACAGUUACUGUUUCAACCAUGCUAAUUCUGCCAGGAAUGGGAUCUAGAAGCACUUUUGAUGUGGUGUAAUGGUUAGAGUAUUGGACUAGGGCUGGGGAGACCCAUGUUUAAAUCCCAAUUCAGCCAUGAAGUUCUCUGGGUGGUCUUAGACCAUCCUCUCAGUGUAGCUUAAGUGUGUAUAGAACUACACCCUAAAUUAAGCAUGUGACUAAGUACUUGCAUUGUACUUGCAUUGUCUGAAGUCAAACACUGACUUAGGCUGCAAUCCUAUGCACACAUACCUGGGAGUAAGUCCCACAAAACUCGGUGGAGCUUACAUUUGAGUAGACAUUCAUAGGAUAGUGCUGUUAAAAAGCUAACCUCAGAAUAUAAGCACUGUAAAUAUAUACAUGUAUAUAAUCCUUAUAAAAUAUUGCUGUUUUGAAUUUCUAUAUUUGCCUGUGAGCUCAGAUUUGUAGGUAAUUAGUAAUUACAAUCUUUGACAUAGAAACAAUGUUCUAGAUCGAUGUUUUGAAGGAGGGCCAUCUUUGAGAGUAUCCUUUCUUUUCUUUUUUUUGCAGUAUUGUAAAUUUUCAUUUUCUCAUACAUGUAUUUUAGCAAAGAAAAACCCCCACCAAUCUUUAUAUAAUAAUCAUUAAGAUAUUCUUGCCUAAUCUAAGACAAGAGUAUUAUGAGUAAGUCAGCUACAUAUUUUCCUAUUAUUCUUCCCAAGCUAUCAUUCACCAUUCAGUGACAAUACAAUGAAAGUUAUGGGUAUAGAGGGUUAGACGUAGAGAUAGGAAAUUGCCCUAUUCUGAUUAUGUUCAUCUGAACUAACGAUUAAAAAAACAGGAAAUGUGUCCCAUGUCUCUACAUGCUUUAGGUUUUCUUUCAGUAAAAUAAAAAAGCAAGUUAAGGCACAUUAAGGAUCUAGUAGAAUAAAACUGUUGUUAACAAAGUAGUUCCUGAGAAAUAGGAAGCAACCAGUAGCAAAUAUGAUUAAUCUGAUAUCCAUUACAAUUCUUGUCUAAUAUCCAUGCCCUGGAGGGACGUGGGUGGCACUGUGGGUUAAACCACAGAGCCUAGGACUUGCCGAUCAGAAGGUCAGUGGUUCGAAUCCCUGCGACGGGGUGAGCUCCUGUUGUUCAGUCCCUGCUCCUGCCAGCCUAGCAGUUCAAAAGCACAUCAAAGUGCAAGUAGAUAAAUAGGUACCACUCCGGUGGGAAGGUAAACGGCAUUUCUGUGCGCUGCUCUGAUUCGCCAGAAGCGGCUUAGUCAUGCUGGCCACAUGACCCGGAAGCUGUACACCGGCUCCCUCGGCCAGUAAAGCGAUAUGAGCGCCACAACCCCAGAGUUGGUCACGACUGGACCUAAUGGUCAGGGGUCCCUUUACCCUUUACCUUAUAUCCAUGCCCUGAACUUGAAACAGGGACAAUCUAACUCCUGAGUGCCUACUUCUGAAUCCAGCAAGGAUGGCUGGAUUUAUUUACCAAAAACUCUUUCAACUUAUCCAAUUGAUAUGAAGAAUAUUGACACUAGUAUUCCUCUUUCCUACUAUAUGUAUUCCCUCCCCCCCAGCUUUCUAUACAGAAAAGUUUACUCAGAUGCACACAGAAAAUACUCUGGGUUAAAUUGCCCAGAAUUGGCUUCAUUCUGUUUCAGGCAAGUUAGUUCACCAACAUAUUUUAAAGUAGUACUUCCUGAUAUUUAUUUUUUUUAAAAAAAGCAUCCCUAAGGAACAGCUGGAAAACAAAACAUGCCUUAAAGGCACAUUGUCAAUCAAUUACUCUUUUGUUGUUGUAGUUGUUGUGGUGGUUGUAGCUGCUGCUGCUGCUGCUACUGGAAGUUUACCUGAGAAAUCAAUAAGACAAAUGUGAUUGAAAUACACAAUGAGGAUGUUGUUGAGGUUCAGGCGGUGAGGCAUAACACUGGGGUGGAGGUUGUUAGGGAGAAAGAAGCCAAUUGUCUCAUGGCCGUAUAUUAGUAUCUCUGGAUUCUUUUAAGCUGGUACCCUUAGAAGUAAAGAACAUGACAGCUUCGGUAUUAUGCAGUAUGCCUUCUGCACAUUUUGAAAGGAAAUGAUGUUCUGUGCAUGCAAGCCUCCUCAUUAUGAGAGAAAAUCGGUGAUAUGUUUCAAAAAGGGAUAAAAGGCCUAAGAGUCCAAUUUUUUUAAUGAUCAUUCCCCCCCCCCCCCGCCGCCUUUUUGAGAGAUGAGCUCCAAGACCACAGUAUUCCAAAGAGAGUCAUUAUGUUAAAAAAAGAAGUAGUCAGGCAUUGCCAUUUGGGUUUACCUUAUUUUAGCAUGCAUUCCCCACUAACCGAAAGUAAUGUACUAAUAUAUUCUUUACAGCUGGAAGAAGGAUGGCUGGAUGAUGAAAGGAACGAAUUCAUAGAGGAGUUAAACUUGGAAAUGUUGGAAGAACCGCAUAAUGAAGCAGUGCAAUACGCAGGCAAUGAAGUGGAGCAGGUAGGCUUGACACAGAACGCAGUGUCUGAAAUGUUACUAGGUUUACGUUUUUAAUAAAAAAGGAAUCAAAAUUAUAAAUUUAGAAAUUUUAUUCCUAGGCUUCGGUAGAGCAUUGCUAUUAACAUUCCACAAAUAGUGACAAAUGAGGGGGGGAUCUAUCUGCAGUACAGUGGUGCCCCGCAAGACGAAAAACUCGGUAGACGAAAGGGUUUAGCGUUUUUUGAGUCGUUCCGCAAGACGAAUUUCCCUAUGGGCUUGCUUCGCAAGACAAAACGUCUUUCGAGUUCUUGCUUUUGUUUGCCGCUGCCUUAAUAGUCGUUAAGCCGCUAAGCCGCUAAUAGCCGUGCUUCGCAAGACGAAAAAAACGCAAGAUGAAGAGACUCGCGGAACGGAUUAAUUUCGUCUUGCGAGGCACCACUGUAUAAGACGAAACGUGAGGAGGAGGAAGGUCAGGAUUUUAAUACAUUUUUGCAUUCCUAUUAUUUUACUUUCCCACCAGAUUAAUUUGGUUUGCCCACUCCCCUCCUUCCUAAGCAAUGCCCUGCCAAGUCACAAACAUUCUUCUUCUCUUUGUUUUACUCAGCAUUUGCGCAUUCCAUCUCUCCAGCCACUAAGCACAUAUCUCCCUUGAUAUAUUCCACCACCUCACACACACAAAAAGCUCAGAACCAAGACUGAUUUCCACACACACAGGACUGGAUAUCAUGGGGGUGAGCAAGUUUCAGUUGUUUGGUCCCAUUCCUUUGCCUCAGAAGUCUUCAGUGACAGCUGGUGCCAGUAUGGGAAGACUUGCCGAGUGAGGUUUGGUUUGGUUUCCUGUCCCCAUCCCUUCACCUCUGGUGUCUUCAAUGAGAGCUCUUGCCUAGUAGAGAAAUAAUAAUAAUAAUAAUAUAAAAAGUAUUUAUACCCCACCCUCCCCAGCCAAGACCAGGCUCAGGGCGGCUAACAACCAAUAAUAAAAACAAAUUGAAUGAAAUACAACUUAAAAAACAAGAUUAAAAUACAACAUUAAAACAUUAAAAUGCAGCCUCAUCACAGGAGGAGAAAGGAAAAAAGAAAGAGGGGGAGGGAAUCAAAUUGAUUCUGAGCCAAAGGCCAGGCAGAACAACUCUGUCUUACAGGCCCUACAGAAAGAAAUCAAAUCCCGCAGGGCCCUGGUCUCAUGAGACAGAGCAUUCCACCAAGCCGGAGCUAGUGUUGAGAAGGCCCUGGUUCUGGUUGAGGCUAAUCUAAAUUCCUUAGGGCCUGGGACCUCUAGGGUGUUGCUAUUUAUGGACCUUAAGGUCCUCCGUGGGGCAUACCAGGAGAGGAGGUCCCAUAGGUAUGAGGGUCCUAAGACAAGGAAAGACCAAGGGUGAGGGCAGAAGAAGAAAAAGUAAACGUGGCUCCAUAUAAGCACAGAGUUGCUGUUGUUCCCGAUACUGGACUUGAAUUAGAUUUUAUUGUGAGAAUAUUUUGCAAGCCAUUUUAGAGCUUCUUGAGGCUAUAGAACAGGGUAAAUAAGCUAAAUAAAAUGAUGCUGAAGAUUGGCUAGUGACCGUGUAGUGCUUUUAAUCUUCUUGAAAGAUCCUGCAUAGAGAUUAAUAAAGGCAGUGGUGGGACUAGCUCAUGUCUUCUCUGUGGUAAUAAAUACUGCUGAAUUAGAGUCAGUUCACCCAAAUCCUAUUAGCUUAAUCAAAGGCACUUUUUCUCUUUCAGUUCUGCAUUCUCCCACAAACCUUCAUAAUGUGGGUUAAUUAGUGACAUGAAGCAUUGAGAUUUGCACCCAUAAAGAACAAUUAAUACGACAUGUUCUGUGCUGAAAUUGUUCAUUUUGAACAAAGAAAGGAAUCAACCGGUUACACUGUAAGACAUAGCUCUUGUUAUUCAAUCUUACUGCGUCACAUUCACACCAAUGCUUGCCAGAUAAGAGGCGGACCUUAACUCUGGAAUGCAUAUUUACCCUGUUGUUCUUUUUACACCCCUUGGCAACAGGGUUGUUGUUUUUUAAAAUGUAGUUGAAGUUAACAAUGCCUUUUUAAAAAGCAGCUUCCUCAAGUGCUCUCUAAGAUUGGUCAUAGCAUGUUUGUGUGGAAAUUCAGGAAAACUGUAGCUUGCCCAGCACGAGAAACAGAAUCAGGGCUGGGAUAACCCCUUUUUUUCCCUUUGAGGGCAGCAUUCUCUCAGAGGUAAUCUGUUGGGAACUGCAUAGCAGUGAUGGGCAGGGCAAAGCCAAACUGUGCAGGUCACUUUCCUUCAUGCCCCGCAGCAAUGAGCAAUGUGGGUCAGUGCAAUGUGGAACACUUUUAAUCCCAAAGAUUGACAGGUAUUUAACAAAUUGCCUCUGAUGUAUCAAGUUCAAGCUGAGCAAUGGUUGUGGUUGGGCUAGGAUCUAUACAGCAGAUUUCAUCUGGAUCUUCUCAUUAAUUGUUGACUUCAAAAUGUAGUCACAGUAUAGAAUCAACAACUGUGAAUUGAGACAUCUGGAGAGAGAGAGUCUUAUGUAUGAUAGACAACUGUGGGUCAGUGUGGGACAAGUCUCCAACAGGCUAAUAUCAAGGCUGAGCCCUAGAACUUACAGAUAUAGGGAUAUAUAUGAACCAUUUAUCAUACACAUAGUGUAUUCCUCAUAGUUGUAAACAGGCCAAAGGCCAUGUCUUAAGGCAAACUUUAGAUUCUACCAUUCUCAUUUUAGAAACUUUAACAUUCUUGCUUGCUGAAAAUUGGACAACAUGGGAGAGAACAUUAGAAUUAUAGCUCAGCUAUAAUAUCAGCAAACACAUGAGUGUCAAGCACUCAUUGAGAAUCCUAAUGACAGACACACUAAGGCAUCAAUGCAGUGGCUCAGAACUGGCCAGGUACACCCUUCCGUCAACUUUUUGAUUUCAUUUUUAGUUUAGUUUACACUCCAACACACUUUAAUUGCUUUUAUUCUAACUGUUGUGACCUAUUGGCAUCAAUUUAUUCUAACAACUGUGCAUAAAAGACUAGCUGGUAGGCUUGUGCUCUUGAAGGUAAUAAUGAGGCUUUAUGUGUAUGUCACUAAUUCCCCUGCCUUGUCCAUCAUUGUCUGUCUAGGUAGAGGGAAAAUAGCAAUUACUAACAGUGUAGCCUCAUAGAGUUUUGUUUCCGGUUAUGCGUACCCUAUAUUUUCCCACAUCGUGUUUUAUUAUUACUAGCCAUUAUGCUUAAUUGUGUAAUUACACCUCUUAAAGGAGAAAGCACAUUUGCCUGGUGCUGUGUGCACUUAGAUUUAUUGUAAAUAGACUACGCACUCUUUGGAUGAAAAUUGUGUAAGGGAAAUGGGACAAAAUGACUUUACUGUUUAGUUGUGGUGGGCCGAGUGGGAGAAAACAUGCCCCUCUUCACUGCUCUGACACAUAAUGCUGUUAGCAUUAGAGGUGAAAUAAAUAGGUGCAGUUAAUGGAGGGUGAGUUAAAAGGGAUCCACAAAAAUGUUUGACAUAAUGGCCAAAGAAGGCAGACCAUUUUGUUUUAACUAUAUGGGAGACUAGAGUUUAACUAGAUGUUUUCCAAGGGAAAAUACAGUGACACAUAUAAUCCCCUUAUUGGUAUAUUCGAAAUGGAGAAGCUCUAUCAGCAAUUUUCUACAAAAUCAUUAGGAGUGCAGCAGAUGAGAGCAAGAGAUACCUCCCAUUGUUGUUGUUGUUGUUGUUGUUGUUGUUGUUGUUGUGUGUGUGUGUGUGUAAAAAACACAUUAUCUGGACUGGCAACCACCAAUGACAAAUACAUCCUCUACAAAUUUGGCAGACAAACUACCUUAUUGGGCCCUCAGCCUAUGACACCCGAGUCAGCUAUACAAAAUUACUGCCAACUGCAUGCCACAAUUAUAGCUAGCAUUUGAAAUAGACGUGCUUCUUAGCAGAGCACAUCAUGGUGCCAGUUUCUACUGGUACAGAGCCAGUGUGAACACAAAUAUCUGUUAUAAUAGCACCCAAGGUACAAAUAGUAUUCCCAUCACUGUGGAUGGGAUUCCUAGUAUAAUUUGAAAUUCAUCAAUAGGGAUAAGGCAGUGGUAAUCCACCAGGGUCAAUUUCUGUUAAGGGUUGUUGUUGAUGUUGUUUGGCUGGUACAGGUUAUUUCAAACCUUUCUUGGCUUUAUUCUGCCAGUGCAAUACAGACACACUGUACAGUGGUACCUUGGGUUACAGACGCUUCAGGUUACAGACUCCGCUAACCCAGAAAUAGUACGUCGGGUUAAGAACUUUGCUUCAGGAUGAGAACAGAAAUCGCGUGGUGGUGGCAUGGCAGCAGCGGGAGGCCCCAUUAGCUAAAGUGGUACCUCAGGUUAAGAACAGUUUCAGGUUAAGAACGGACCUCCAGAACGAAUUAAGUUCUUAACCCGAGGUACCACUGUAUAUGUAAAUGUAUAUAUAUUUGGCAGCUGGAUAUGCAGUCUUGCACAAGCUAAGUGGAGAGAGGAAUAUACAGAACAUGAACAUGCAUUGAAUGCACAUCCAAGUUCAAAUAUCUCCUAGCACAGUUUUCUUUUCACUGACCUGUAUGCCCUGUAGUUAUUUAUGUUCCCAGAGUGGUUGAUAGAGUAGAAAAAAAAUGUUUAUAUAUGUUAUUAUAAUAAAACACAGCAACCAGUGCUAUUUUUCUAGAAAAAGAGGUACCGAAACUCACCAUGAACACCUUCCUCUUUCUCUUAGAAUGGCAAUGGCACUCACCUGAGAGGUGCCGGAACUGAGUUCCAGCAAGUUCUGGUUGGGAAAAAAGCCCUGAUAGUAACUAACACAGAAAAUACUAUCCACCUACAAUAUUCUAUGCUGGGUUUUUCCCCCAUACCCCACUGGCCUUGUUAACUGUUAUAUUACUGUACAGCAGGCUUCUGAGAUGUUUGGAACUUGCAGAAGAAGCUCUUCUGCAGAUUGCAGAUGCUAGGGUAUAUAAAAGGUGGCCUGUUAAGUAACCUAAUCCUGAGCUAUAUAGGCCUUAUUUGUUAGUACCAAUACUUUGGACUAGGCCCUGUAGCAAGUUGGCAGCAUUAAAGGAGGCCAUGGAGCAGGGCUAGUGAGGGCUUUGGCCUGGGAAGAGGGAGUGUGGUUUUAGGAGUGGCUUGGAGAAGUGGUCUGAAGGGCUGCAUUCAAGACAUGUUGAUGGAAAUGUCCAUGUCAAUCAGUUGGGGGGUUUUUUGGUCAUCGUAGCAACUCUUUAACUUAGAUUGCUAUUAUUCACAUGAUAUACAGAAAGAAGAACAAAGGCUAAGACAAUGUGAUUUGUCUGAGCAAAUCCAUAACUGAGCCAGGGUUUAAAUGCAGUUGUUCCUGUUCCAAAUUCAAAACUCUCUCUCUCCCUUUUGCACAGGAGCAUGUUCAUUUCCACAAGUAUGCAGGUGCUGCCAGCAGUCUAAUAAAAUAAUAAUAAUAAAUUUAUUCAUUUGUACCCCACCCAUCUGACUGGGUUGCCACGGGCAUUAGCAUUUAUAAAAACACAAUAAAACAUUUUUUAAAAAAAAUUCACUAUACAGGGCUGCCUUCAGGUGUCUUCAGAAAGUUGUGUAGUUUACCUGUUUGACAUCUGAUGAGAGGGCGUUCCACAGGGUGGGCGUGACUACAGAGAAGAGAACUUGAUUUAAGAUAUUUAAUUUAAUACCUGCCAUAAAUAUUAAUUGUGGGCCGUUUUGAUUUUAUAGCCCAAAAAGCACGAAGAGGAAGACGGCACAACAGAUACUGCUACCUCAUCAUCUAACAACAACGAGAAAGACAGUGGAGUGGGUCCCACCGACGAAAGCCAGCGCAACGACGAGAGCUCAGAGCAAGAAAACGCACCAGAAGAGCAGAACAAGCCGACCCCAGAGACCCAGCAGGAACCGAGACAGAGCCCGGACACUCUGGGAAGCCUCGAGCUCCAGUGCAACAAGAGCGUAGUGUCUGGGGAAUACAUUGAGUCUGAUUUUGUUGGCAACCAGGAGGAGGACUGCGAAAGGUUUCGCCAGCUGCUGGAACUCAAGUGUAAGAUCCGAAAGCACGGCGAGUAUGACUUGUAUUACUCAAGCAGUACCAUAGAGUGCAACCGAAGGAAAAAGGACGGGGUGGAGCAUGAGCUGCAGCUGCUCAAUGAGGAACUGAGGAACAUUGAGCUUGAGUGUCAGAGCAUCAUGCAGGCUCACCGGCUUCAAAAAGUGAAAGACCAGUACGGAGACAUUUGGGCACUGCAGGGUGGUACGUUUAGGAAUUAUAACACCAGUAUAGACCUUCCAGGGGGGAAACUGGAUGACAUCAUAGAGCACCCAGAGAAAUCGGACAAAGACAGUUCCAGCGCUUACAACACAGCAGAGAGCUGCAGAAGCACUCCGUUGAACGUGGAGCGAUCCCCUGACAGUUCUCUCCAGCGGAUGAUUAGCAUCACCAAUAGGAAAAACCUCAGGAGUACCAUUGUGGCUAACCAGUUGUCUUCCAGGCAGAGUGGCAGGGAGACAACGCCAAACAAAACCAAAGCUGCUGAACAAAACAGUUCUGUUGAGGAGAAGGAAACGGUUUCAGAAAGUAGCAAAUCGACAGAGCAAGAAAGGCAGAGCCCCGAGCAGAUUCCUUAUUUGUCCCCAUAUCACGGCUCCUCAUACAGGUAUGGGAAUAUCCCUGCACACGCUAAGCAUUAUCAAAGCUAUAUGCAGCUGAUACAGCAGAAAUCUGCUGUGGAAUAUGCCCAGAGCCAGCUCAGCCUAGUGAACAUGUGCAAAGAUUCGCAGAAGUGUACGGAGCCCAAGAUGGAGUGGAAAGUGAAAAUAAGGAGCGACGGGACGAGGUAUAUCACCAAAAGACCUGUAAGAGACAGAAUCCUGAAGGAACGUGCCUUAAAGAUUAAAGAGGAGCGCAGCGGGAUGACGACAGAUGAUGAUACAAUGAGCGAAAUGAAGAUGGGUCGUUACUGGAGCAAAGAGGAACGGAAGCAGCACCUGGUGCGAGCCAAGGAGCAGAGGCGGCGGCGGGAAUACAUGAUGCGUAGCAGACUAGAGUGUCUUAAAGAGAGCCCUCAAAGCAGCAGUGAGGGCAAAAAGGAAAUUAACAUCAUUGAACUCAGUCACAAAAAGAUGAUGAAAAAGAGGAACAAGAAGAUCUUGGACAACUGGAUGACUAUCCAGGAACUUAUGACACAUGGUGCUAAAUCUCCGGAUGACACAAAAGUACACAAUGCUUUUUUAUCGGUUACUACAGUAUGA